AUGUUCUCCGUCAAAGGUCUCCUUGCGACCCUCCUUCUUCAAGCAUCUCUUGGACUUGGUAGUCCAAUUACUGCUGUCGAAAAGCGGGCUUCUGGUUUUCAGAACGUAGUUUACUUCACUAACUGGGGUAUCUAUGGCCGAAACUACCAGCCGGCGCAGCUUCCAGCUUCGCAGAUCAACCAGGUCCUCUACUCAUUCGCCAAUCUAAUGUCUGAUGGAACUGUGUAUGCGUCAGAUACUUACGCUGACUUGCAGAAGCACUACGACGGUGAUUCAUGGAACGACCAGGGAAAUAAUGCCUAUGGCUGCAUCAAGCAGCUCUACCUUCUAAAGAAGGCCAACCGACAACUCAAGGUGCUUCUUAGCAUCGGUGGUUGGACUUAUUCCACCAACUUCGCAAGCGCCGCUAGCACGGACGCAACCAGAAAGACCUUCGCCCAGACGGCAGUAACUCUGAUCAAGGACUGGGGAUUCGAUGGUAUUGACAUCGACUGGGAGUACCCCGCCGAUGAUACUCAGGCCAGCAACUUUGUUGCACUUCUACAGGCAGUCCGAUCUGAGCUUGACUCAUACUCAUCUCAGUACGCCAAUGGAUAUCAUUUUCUCCUCACUGCGGCGGUUCCCGCAGGUCCCACAAACUACCAGAAGCUGCACCUCAAAGAUAUGGCGUCGGUGCUUGAUCAAUUUAACCUCAUGGCCUAUGACUACGCCGGCUCUUGGGACUCUACUUCUGGUCAUCAGGCAAACUUGUACCCUAACCCUCAGAACCCUGUAUCCACGCCGUUUUCGACUGAUGCCGCUCUUUCUGCCUAUAUCAACGGCGGUGUCCCGAGUAACAAGUUGGUCCUUGGUCUACCUCUGUAUGGUCGCGCGUUCGACGCUACGGAUGGUAUCGGAGAGCCCUACACGGGCAUUGGUCAAGGCUCGUGGGAAGCCGGAGUAUAUGAUUACAAGGUAUUGCCUCGAGCUGGCGCACAAGAAAUUUACGACGACGUAGCUGGCGCCACGUAUAGCUACGACAGCUCGGCCAAGGAGUUAAUUAGCUACGAUAAUGUCGACAUGAUCAAGAAGAAGAUCGCGUACGCUCAGAACAAGAACCUAGGUGGCUCGAUGUUUUGGGAAGCCUCGGGCGACCGAAAUGAUAGCGGCAGUUUGAUCGCGGCCGCGUACAACGCUCAAGGAGGAUCAGGAUCUCUUGACGCGACGCAGAACCUCCUCAGCUACCCUAACAGCCAGUACGACAACAUCAAGAACAACCUAAACUAA